GAUAGUUUGAAGAUUCCUUACUUCGAAUUGUUAUUUAUUUUCUACAGGUCCUUGGUGAUUUUUGUUAUAAGUGAUCAUUCUGUUCUUUUCUUUAUUUGAGCAGAUAGAAAUAAUAUCUAUUUAGAUUGUUCUGUAAUAAUUUUGUCAUUACAGUAGUGAUUUGGAAAUUAAAUUACUUUUAUUAAUCACCAAAAGAGAUCAAUUCAAAACCACUUCUUAGUGUACAACUUAACUAGCUGUCUUAGAGAUCAAAGCUCAACUAGGGGAAAAUACUUAUCUGCCUCUAAGAAAAAAAUGUGAAGAGGAAAGCUCACCUCUUAGCUAUACAUGGAAUAGUCACAUUAGGAAAUCUUAGUCGCCCAAUUAGUCGACUACUUGAAGUUUCAUUUUGUUAGUGAUGGUUCGAUUUUUCAACCUUGUAAUUCGCUAUCCUCAAUUUUAAAAUAAAAUAAAACAAGUAUAGUCACAUUGUAAUCAUUCUAUCAAAAUAUGGAUUACUUUACUAAUGACAGAUGAAGUCCAUAUGAAUGCCCGAUAUGGUAGAAUAUUCAUGUGGGACUUUCUCAUAUUUUACACGUGUGAUACAUGUUUCUUCUAUUUCUCCAAGUAAAGCUCUUCUCAUCGCAAUGCCUAUUGUGCUGGUUUGACGUUUCAUAAGUGGAGACAAAAUAAAGCGUCCAUGUAAGUGUGUGCCAAUAGUACGAGCAUAGAAAUACCCCACCUCCACCCUCCACCCCACACAUAAGACACUCUAUUUUCACUUGUCCCUUUCCCCUUCAUCUAAAUAGAACCCCUCACUGUCUCAAUUCCUCUUUUCCUUCAACAGCUGAAGCACACAAAAAGGGACAAGGGUAUUUCAUAUCAAUCCUAAGUGUUGGGCCUGGCGUGUACUGAAUAAAGUAUCUCUCUUUCUCUGUCGUCUUGCUUGGGUGCUUCUUCUUGUUCCCAUCGUCAUCUUGGAGAAACUCAAAAUCAAGGUUCUUGGUGAUUAUUGGUAUAUGAUGCCUCCUAAUGGAAGAAACCGUUGUCGAAGUUUAACUCCUGACGUCCUUAGUGACCUUCCUAAUAAUGUAAUUGAUGUCAUUCUGAUGCUUUUACCUUGUAAAGAAGCUGUGAGGACAAGCAUCUUAUCAAAAAGAUGGAGGUAUCACUGGUGUAGGCUGACAAAGUUGACUCUUGAUUGGUCUCUUUGGAAAACAGAAAACGAUUUACUGAACCCUACAGAUAAAUUUACAGAGAUUAUCUCCCAGAUUUUUACCGUUCAUGAAGGACCCCUUAGUAGGUUUACCCUCAAUAUUGUUAAUCUAGAGAGCUGUCCUGAGAUUGGCAACUUCAUAUAUUUAGUCUUGAGGAAUAGUAUUCAACAUCUUGUUCUUCACCUUCCGUUUAGAAAGAUAUACGAAAUGCCUUCUUCACUUUUCACAUGUUCACAGCUGAGGCAUCUAAGUCUUCGCUAUUGCUCAAUACAUGGUCGAUCAGUCUUUCAAGGUUUUGAUAAGUUAAUUAGCCUCAAACUGUGUGAAGUAACAAUUUCUUCUGAAUUGCUGGAGAGUCUUAUAUCUCAUUGCCCGUUGCUUGAGCAGUUGGUGCUGGAUAUCCCAAAACAUUUAAACACAAUUGAAAUUGAUGCCCCCAUGCUGCGAUCGUUUAAUUUCACAGGCAAUAUAAGUUCUAUCUGCCUAAAGAAUGUCCCUCUCCUGGUAGAAGUAUCUCUGGCUGGUUAUCAGAUAGUGACGGAGGAUCUUGAUUUUGCAAAGGUUUUCAAGUCUUGUUCUGCUAUCGAGCACCUCCGCUUGAAUUUCUCUUGUGUCUGGAAAUUUCCUGGAGGAGGAUAUGAAGCACCAGCAAGGCUACCCUUUGAUCUUAACAGUGUCAAACGAUUUUACCUGCCUGAAUUUAUGCUGGUGGAUGCACAUGAGCUCUCAUUGUCUCUUUGCUUGAUAAGAAGUUUCCCAUUCUUAGAAUAUCUCGAAAUUGAUGUAUUCCAUGAAGAUGAAGAUAGUGGUACUGAAGAAUCCGUUGAACUCAAACGUUUAUCGAAUGUGACAUUUAAUCACCUCAGGGAAGUUAAGCUAGUCGCUUUUACUGGAAGAACAUCUGAGAUGCAGCUUAUCAAGCCUUUGUUAGCCAAUUCCCCGGUGUUGGAGAGACUGCUAAUUGAUCGACGUCUUCUUGUUGAUGUUCCUCUUGACACAAGAUUAAGAAUAUUCACUGAGGUAUCAAAUUGUUCGCGUGCAUCACCAAAAGCAGAAGUUGUCUACAUGGAUUGAAUCAGAUCAAGUUCUUCGGCUUGAAGUUAAAAUUGAAAAGAUAGAAACAAACGUCAAUGUAGCAGUAUAUAACUGCUGUGUUUUGCCUUGUCGUAAUGUCUGUUCCAGAACAUGAGCAUUGCUAGAUGGAUGUUUUUGUUUGCUUUGCAACAACAUUGUCAUUACAUGUUUAAGGAUUUGUCUUUUACA